ACAAAAUUAUCCAAAAAAAAAGAAAAAAGAAAACAGAAAACAAAAUAACCAAUCAGACUCCUACACAUUCUCCUGUUUCCAUGGCCGCCGCAAUCUCUCUAUCUUCCUCCGCUGCCAUCCACCAUCUCCAUCACCAAUCACCACCGUAUUUCAAAACCCACAUCAUAAACCCCAAAUUCCCACCUCGUUUCAAUCGCACCAUCACUUGCUCAUCUCAAUCUUCACCAUCAUCAUCAUCUCCAACUCUUCAAGAAAACCCAUUUCCAUCUGGGAAAUUCCUUACAGACCCAGAUCUCCAAAAGCUUCAAUUCCUUCAAAGUUACAAACUUUUUCAUAAAUUACCAUCUGGGUCUAUGCUUUUAAUCCGUGUGAUGCAAGAACAAGAAAUGGACAUGACAGUUGAGUUGUUGGCUGAAUCUUUUGCAGAAUCCAUGAUGUUGCCUAAAGCUUAUGUAAAGCUUUUGGCUUUUUUGGUGAAACAAUACUUGGUUGAAAGAAGAGCUUUGAUGCCUCAUGCUGUAACUUUGAUUGCUUUUCAUAGAACUGAAAUAGAUACUGAUGAUGAUCAAGGGGGUAAAUUGGAAGAUAUACAAUUAGCAGGGACUGUUGAAGUAAGUUUUGAUCAGUUUGGGGCUAAUGCUUCACCUCCAACUCCCAUUCCCCCAAAAAAUGCACCUUAUAUUUGUAACAUGACAGUCAAGAAGUCCUUAAGAAGGCAGGGAAUCGGUUGGCAGCUUUUGAAGGCAAGUGAGGAACUCAUUUCUCAAAUGAGUUCGGUUAGAGAGGUUUACUUGCACUGUAGAAUGAUUGAUUCUGCUCCGUUCAAUAUGUAUUCCAGAGCAGGAUACUCGGUCUUCAAAACUGAUAACAUCUUGAUCCUUCUAACUCUACAAAGACGCAAACAUUUAAUGUGUAAACAACUUCCUCCCGCCUCAAACAUCAUUACGGAGACAAAUACAUCGUAUGCCGAUGACAGUAAUUUUGCACCAAUAGAUGUCUAAAAGUCUUACAAGUUCUACUCUAGUAUAUGUGUCAUUGUCGAUGAAGGGAUUUUUGAACUUCUGUUCAUUCUGCUUUGAAGUAGUCUGCCACAGUUGACUCCUAAAAAAGUUAGUUUGGCUCACUCUUGCUGUACAAACUUUUCAAACAGAUGCAUCUCAAAGAUCAAAUGUAUGGGUCCUUGCUAUGUCGCUACAGCUAUCCUGAAGACAUAGCCAUGAGGUAUGACGUCUAAAGCUCUACGAAUACUGUAUCAUAGUAACACAUGUAUUUUUUGCGUUCUUUGCCUCUGAAUGUAUAUAUUUUACACAUAAAAAAAUAAUUAUAUUAUGCAAACUGACAUACGAAAGUACAUUUACUCGAAAA